UUGCAGAUUCACUUUCGUCCGCCCGCGGCCGCUGCCACGCCAGUGAGAGAAAGUUGGCCGCGGCGAGCGAACGAGUCCCGCGAGUGGAGCGGCGCGCGCCGCCCCGCCCCGCAACACGCGGUUGAAAUAACAGCUGCGUCCCGCCAUUCGCUUGCUCCCCGCGUUCAGAUCCCGAAAUGUGCAUUUAAUACGGAUAUUGCUCGCUGUUAUGCGAAGUUAUCGCCGAAACGCGAGCCACCAGAGAUGGGUUACGAAGCGGAGUUGAUGAGCGCGCGGCGGCUGGAGUUACCAGCUGCGCCAGGGAAGGAGUUCCGGGCGCCCGUGAUGCUGCCGGCGCCGGCGCCGCACUCUGUCAUCCAAUGCAUGCGGCCACCGCCCCCGCCGCCGCCUCCAGCGCCGCGUCUUCAUAAGCCUCCUUCCUUCGAAGAACCCUCCAGCUCCAUUCCAGAUUUAGCUAAUGGAUAUGUAUUUUGGAAAGCCUCCAAUCCUGAAAAACGCAUGAAAAGGAACAAAUAUAUUAGGAAAAUAGGUUUAGACUCGGUAGCACCAUUUAUAUUGCAACAGAAAACAGGGUAUGCUAAUUUUUCCAAUGAUCUAAAGAGGAGGAUUGAUAACAUUUUGGAGCAAAUACAUAAGGAAAAAUCAAUCCCAGCUUGA